GACACCCCACGCGCUGCUGGAAGACGGAGAGCAAGAUGGCGGUGGCCGUGCGAAGUUUGCAAGACCAGCUGGAAAAAGCCAAGGAAGGCUUAAAGAGCGUGGACGAGAAUAUUCGAAAACUAACCGGCAGAGAUCCGAGUGAACUAAGACCGGGUCAGAAUAGGAGACUUACCAUCCCAGGCCCAGGAGGAGGUAGGGGGCGUGGAAUCAAUUUGCUGAGGCGUGGACUCUCAGAUAGCGGUGGAGGACCCCCAGCCAAACUGAGAGACAUCGACGGGGCACUCUUGAGGCUGGCAGGGGAUCAGCGAGCCAGGAGAGAUUCACGCCAUGACAGCGACGCUGAGGAUGAUGAUGACGUCAAAAAACCAGCGUUGCAGUCAUCUGUGGUUGCUACCUCCAAGGAACGUACGCGCCGAGAUCUUAUUCAAGAUCAGACCAUGGAUGAGAGAGGAAAGCAGAGGAACCGGCGCAUGUUUGGCCUGUUGAUGGGAACAUUGCAGAAGUUUAAACAGGAGUCUACUGUGUCCACAGAGCGGUUAAAAAGGCGGCAAGAAAUUGAGCAGAAAUUGGAAGUGCAGGCAGAACAGGAGCGUAAAAAAGUGGAGUGUGAAAGGAGAGAGCUCUUUGAAGAAAGACGUGCCAAACAAACGGAGCUGCGACUUCUGGAGCACAAAGUGGAGCUCGCUCAACUGCAAGAAGAGUGGAAUGCACAUAAUUCUAAGCUCAUCAAAUUUAUUCGCACGAAGACCAAACCCCCGAUCUUCUAUUUGCCUGGGCGAAUGUGCUCCGCUACGCAAAAGCUCCUUGAGGAGUCACAGAAAAAACUCAAUGGUGUGUUUGAUGAGAGACGCGAAGCCUUUGCUGAGCAAAUCAAUAAAAUGGAAGCUCGGCCAAGGCGUCAGUCCCAGAGGACAGGGGACAAAGAAAUGGAGGGCAGCCGUCGGGCUGAAGAAACGAAGAAAGAAGAUCAAGAGGAGGGUAAGGCUGGUGUAGGCCGGGCAGGUAACAGGCAUGUUGUGGAGAUGGAUGACGAGGAUGAAGAUAUAGUAGAGGAGGAAGCAGAGGAGAGCUCAGAGGUUAGGGAGAGAGAUGAGGAUCAGGAGCAGGAACAGGGAGAAGAGAAGGAAGAGAAAAAUGAGGAGAGUGAGAGGAAGGCAGAGGAAGACGAGGAGGAAGAGGAUGAAGAUCCAGGAACGGUUGAGGUUAAGGAAGAUGAGGAAGAACAGAUGGAGGUCACUGAGGUUGUGGGGGAGGUUGAGGCACAGGGUAAGUUGCAGGUUGAGAGUCCAGAAGCAACAGUUGAAGAGGUAGGUAAUGUAAGAAUGGAGGAAGAGCAGGAGGUAGAAAGUGAGACUCAGCAGGAAGUUACGGUAGACUCCCAGCAAACUCCUGAAAACCAGACGGAAACCCAGCCUGAGGAGAGUAAAGAGCCUCAAGUGGAUGCCCCGAGCCCUAACGAGACCCAACACGACAGCAAAGAAGAGGAAGCUGCUGUGCCUGAGACUCAACAGCCACAGGCUGAACCUGAACCAGAACCAGAAGUCCCUUCUCAAGAGCCGAGCCAAGAACUCUCAGUAGAGCCGCAAGCAGCCAAAACAGACACAAAGGAAGCUGGAGAGGAGGCUGAUGAUGCUCGCGGACGAGCCAAAGUCCAAGCCAAGAAGAGCAAGAGCCGAAGUAGCAGCAGCUCCUCUUCCAGCUCCUCCUCCAGCUCGUCGUCCAGUGGCUCCAGCUCCUCUUCUAGCGGAUCCAGCAGCAGCUCCUCCGGCUCCUCCUCAUCAUCCAGUUCACGCUCUCGCAGUCGCGGCCGGGAUAGAGAAAACCGGGAUCACAAACACCGCCGUAGACCUUCAGACCGAGAGCGGAGGAGGAGCGGCAGUGAGAGGGCGCACAAAUCCUCUAAAAGGAGUGGACGGGAAGGCAAAGGGUCUAAAGACAAAAACUCUAAACCCGACCGCAAGAGGACGAGCUCUGAGGGAAGAAGGUCUUCCAGGAGUGAGAGGGAUCGGAAGUCUGAUCGGAAAGAUCGCCGUUGAGUUGAUGACCGUCUGGUGUAGUUUCUUCGAGGAUGUCAUGUGGUUACUAUUUUUAAUUUUUUUUUCCUCUGAGGCACAGUUUCCUAACUAUUUUUCUUGAGUGGAAUUUACAAUUAAGGUCUCCAUCUCCGGAUAUUUUUUUUUUUUCCGUAUAGUUUUGUCUGAUUAUUUCAGUCUAUCUGAGAAUUUUUAAAGAUUUCUAAACAGUGCUUUUAAGAGCCAUCACUCUAAAAAAUGUCAUGCUGUAUCAGACCUUCCACGGACAUUAUUCUCGAAACAUGCUUGUGCUGAUCCUUCACCUGAUCCACUAUGGUUUUACCAGUUUCUGUCAUACAGCUUAAACGCUGACUUUUCCAGUUACGUGAUGCCAUAUUAAUGUGAUUUUUAAUCAUCGGUAAAUAACAAGCGUCCAAUCUGGCAGUAUCUCACAGUGAUGAAGUUCUUUUUGUUGUUGGAGCUAAAUUGUCCAUUUUUUGGGGGUGGGGGUAAACAUUAAAGACAAUUUCUCUUCAUA